AUGUCGUACUUCACCGCAUGGAUUGCUUCGCUGAUAUUGAUCGGAUCUGUUUGGUCACAGGUUAGAUAUCUUCCACAACAAGAUGGAUAUCCUUCCCCAAGAUUUGGCUUUGGUUUUCUUGAGCCGUUACGAAAGAAAUAUUGUACCGAUUAUUGCAAAUCUGCUGACUCGGUCUACAUAACAAAUCUUGCCUGCGCUAUAAAGUGUCCUGAACUAUAUUUGCCUUAUCUUACUACGACAACGUCGCUACCAACUAAUGUAAACAUUACAAAUUCGUCAUCACUAAUGGGUCCACAAAAUCUGCAAGAAUCCGUACGACAACUCGAUAUAUCACCUUAUGGCCAUGGGAAAGCAAUCUGCAAUAAAACAAACUCUGCGAUCAGAAUGCACGCAAGUUUUGAAGCUGUCUGCGUGGGAGAAUAG